GAAUCGUCAGAAGCGGCCAGUAAAGCCGUCGAAUUUCGAACCAACGGCUCAGUUUAACUGUUAGCGCAUUUAGAAUAGCAUGCGCUCGUGAGCGUUCCCAACGCGUUUUCGCGCAAAAAUGACGGUAUUUUUUACCUAUUUGUUUUUCCUCGGAUUGAGCCAAUUGUGUAAUGGUGUCGAACGUAAAGGUCUCAGGGACGUUUUGGAUUCGUCCUGCACAGAAGCGGCUCUUCCUAGAAUAAAAAAUGGCGUUUUCGUGGAAAUAAAAACCCAAAAACUUAAAAACCUCAGUAAUCCUUACAGGGUGGCUGAAUACAAAUGCAGUGACGGCUCGAGGAGGCAUCUAUUCUGCAGCAGAAGGAAAUGGAUAGGUGGAAAAUCGCUGUGUAGAAAUGAAACUACAAUGGUGCAAUUUCCCGUGUAUUUAGGCAAGUGCUCGGAGGAUCAGAAAAUAAAAUGCAAGAAUUUUUGCGUUUUGAUAAACGGAGAACCCAUUUGUAGUUGUCCACCUGGUUCCAAAAGAGUAGACAAUCAAUGUAAAGAUAUAAAAUCCGAAGACCGCAUGCAAGCUGAUGCACCAGAUGAAUACGAUGAUGAUGAAUACGAUGAUGACUAUGAUGAUGAUGAUGAUGUUGAAGACAAUCAAAUAAACGAAGGAUCCACAAAACCAGUCAAGGAUAUUAGUAAAAAUCGCAAUGAAACCUACGAUGAAACUAGCGAUUACGAUGAAGACUACGAUGAGGACUACGAUUACGUGGAAAAGAAACUAAACACAAACAAAACGAUUCUACCGAGUAAAGAAGCGGGUACAGAAGAUACAAAUAACGCUAAUAAACCUCACAUUUCGAUGGAAACGAUAAAACAGAUCAUCGAUGAAAUCCGUAGAAACAGCAAUUCGAGCGACAAUUCAAUCGUUAUCGAUUACGAUGAAUACGACUACGAUGAAACUACAACAAAAACUCCGUUCACAAGCACCAAAAAAAUUGACGAAAUUAACAAAAAUGUUAACGAAGUAAUAGAGAAAACUGUGUACCACAAUAACCAACCAAACGAAGAAGAUUACAUUGAUAACACAACAGAAAACGAAAAAAUUACUACUACACUACCAGCUCCCUCUACAACACCAAUUCCUUUCACAAACAACGACGAUAUAUCCAAUAAUCUAUCACCUAUAAAUAACUUCGAUACGAACCCGGAUUCCCUUGACAAAAUAGACUCAACAGAUCCCUUUAUAAUCGAUUUAAUGACCACCAUGACUGCAACAGAUGAUUUCCAAACCAGUACAAGAAAAAUCGACGAUAGAAUCACAACUGAUGAUAACACACCGACCACAACAGAAACUUACAACGAUUACGACACAGACAUCGAGAACAUAGACAGACAAGAGAACAAAUGCGAAACCGGGUACACCAUGAACAAAAGAGGAGAAUGCGUAGACAUCGACGAAUGCCAGCCGGAGACCAACCCGUGCUCGGACAUCUGCGAGAACACGGCGGGCAGCUACACGUGCGCCUGUCCGGCGGGCUUCCGCCUCAACAGCGCCGAUCCGCACACCUGCCAGGACGUGGACGAGUGCGAGGCGCGCCCCUGCUCGCACCUCUGCCGCAACACGCCCGGAUCCUUCCGCUGCGACUGCCCCGAAGGACUGACGCUCAGCGACCGGCAGUGCCUCAACCGGACUUGCUCCCAGGGCAGGACGAGGAUCAACGGCGUCGUGCAGUGCACCUGCGAUCGAGGAUUCGUCCUUGGAGCGGACGGUCGUUCCUGCGAGGAUAUCGACGAGUGCGUUUUGGAGCAAAAUUGCGAUCACAGUUGCAGGAAUGUUAUCGGUUCGUACGUGUGCGGUUGCAGGGAAGGUUAUAAACUGGAAAGGGAGCGAUAUUGCGUUGAUAUCGAUGAAUGCGCAGGUCUCAGUCACGGUUGCGACCAAUCGUGCGAGAACACCCCGGGCAGUUACAAAUGCAAAUGCGACGAGGGAUUCGAGUUUGCCAACGGAAAGGACGUUUGCGUGGACAUAGACGAAUGCGAUCCGGCCAGAGACCUGGCCGAAUGCAACCAAAUUUGCAUCAACUAUCGCGGUGGCUACGAAUGCGCCUGCCACAGCGGCUUCAAACUGUCCCCGGACGACGCGACUUGCGAAGACAUCGACGAAUGCCGAACGGACAACGCCAAUUGCUCGCACGUCUGCGAGAAUUCGCGCGGCUCGUACGCCUGCAAGUGCGAGGAAAACUACGUGUUGGAGGCGGACAAUCACACCUGCAGGAUCGUCGAUCCUUGCUUGGAGGAAAACGGGGGUUGCUCGCACGAAUGCACCAACAGCAACGGCUUGGCGGUCUGCGGUUGUCCCAAGGGGUACGUCCUGGAGGACAAGGAUUGCUAUUUGCACGACGCGUGCUUGACGAACAACGGCGGUUGUUCGCACGUUUGCGUCAACGCGAACAACGAGGCGCGCUGCGAGUGUCCCGACAACUACGAGCUCGUCAAUCGAACCAGCUGCGCUAUGAUGAACUUGUGCGCUGUGGAUAACGGGAAUUGCUCGCACUUUUGCGAGUUUCUCGGCGAUGGAGUCAACUGCACUUGUCCCGAAUUAUUCGUGCUGCGAAACGAGACGCAUUGCGUAGAAGAAAAUCCUUGUUUGAGAGACAACGGCGGUUGCUCGCACGUUUGUACAACAGAUGAAGAUUACAACGUUGUAUGUUCAUGUCCAGAUCAAUUCUAUCUGGUUAAUUCCACGACGUGCGAGUCGCUGGAUCCGUGCUCGAGGAACAACGGUGAUUGUUCGCACAUUUGCGAUGCUAGUAACGCGAGGAUUUGUUCCUGUCCUGCCGGUUUCCGGCUGAAAAACGACACGCACUGCGAGCAGUUCAAUCCCUGCUCGGUGAACAACGGCGGAUGUUCGGACAUUUGCGAGAACGUUUUCGGCAAUGUGAAAUGCUCGUGUCCCUUUAAUUACCGAUUAGAUAACAACAAUAAUUGCGUGGUUGUCGAUCCUUGUUACGAGAACAACGGGGGAUGUUCGCAUUUCUGCGAGUAUUUGGACGAAGAGAUAAUUUGCUCGUGUCCCGAUAGACACGAUUUGAUAAACGAAACGACCUGCGUGAGGAUCAACGCUUGCCUAACAAACAACGGUGGUUGUUCACACGGUUGUUCCGUCGACAACAAAAACAACGCGCGAUGUUCGUGUCCCAAAGGCUACGAAUUGUCGGAGAGAACGUGCGUGCCCGUCAACGUUUGCAACCAGAACAACGGCGGUUGUUCGCACAUUUGCAGCAGCGUCGAAGCCAGAGUCGUUUGCAAAUGUCCUCCAGGUUACGAAUUGCUCCAAAAAACCUGCAUCAAAACUAACCCUUGCUCGGUUAACAACGGGGGUUGUUCGCACGUUUGCAAUAACCGCGACGGUGAGGCAGUUUGUUCCUGCCCGCCAGGUCACAAAUUGCUCGGGAAAAUUUGCAUGGAUGAAGACCCUUGCUCUGCAAACAACGGAGGUUGUUCUCACUACUGUCGCAACAACGGAGGUAAGAGAGAGUGUUCUUGCCCAGCGGGAUACGUCCUGCGACCAAACAAGCGGAUUUGCAAGGAAGUGAACGAAUGCAGGGUGAACAGAGGAGGUUGUUCGCACGGUUGUAAAAACGUGCCGGGCUCGUUUCAAUGCACGUGCCCUUUAGGGUUGCGAUUGGACCCGGCAAAGAACAAAACCUGCACGGACGUGGACGAGUGCUUGGAGAACAACGGCGGGUGCGAGAUGAUCUGCAGGAAUUUCAAGGGAGGAUUCAAGUGCGACUGUCCCGAGGGAUAUUUACUGCAGAGGGAUAAAAGAUCGUGUAGAAUGUCCAAAACAGCGCUUUGUCACAUACCUGUAGCUCCUCUAAACGGAGUAAUAAGAUGCUGGGAGGAUAAUGAUGAAUCAUCCUUCGUACCCACUGGCACAAAGUGCAACAUUUGGUGUAACGAGGGGUACAAACUCAAAGGCGAUUCUAAAAUAACCUGCAACGAAUCCGGUAGCUGGGAGGGACAGGAGCCUCGUUGUUUAGUGGCUACUUGCCCCAAGCUUCCUUCGAUCCAAAACGGCUGGUACCUACCGGGAGUGUGCAACUCGGGCAGGACUUACAUAGGGGAAUCCUGCAGCGUUUAUUGCAGGAAAGGUUUCGCCAUUCGCGAGGACGUGCAGAAAUUCACCUGCGAUUCGAAUAUGAAUUGGAAGCCUUUAGUUAGACCCGAAAUGUUGUACAACGCUUGCACUAGAGUGCCUGAUAAUGUAGAUAUUAAGUGCCCCGAAAACGGUCAAAUAGACUUCGUUUUGCCUAAAGGGCAGAGAUACAUGUUCACCAAAAUUCCCAGACCUGAAACCAACGUCGAUUGGAGUUUCGUGACGUCCCAACCCUCUUGGGGUAUUGGACUGGAGACUACGUUACCAGCGGGUAGAACAGAGGUGCGUUUUACAGCGGCAUCACCGACGGAUUUCAACAGCACCUCUUCUUGCCGGGUGAUCAUUAAUGUAUUGGACAAGGAAGCCCCGUACUCGAUGGGAUGCCCGCAGAAUAUCGAAAGGCGAUUGAAUCAAGGGGAAACCACUCAACACGUUUACUGGAAAGAGCCCAGUUUCUACGAUAACGUGGGGGUUGUGAACGUAUACAAGACGAGGGAACCUGGUAGUGAGUUUGGUUCGGGGUUGCAUCACAUCACGUACGUGGCUAGCGAUGAAGCAGGGAAUAGGGCGUUUUGCCAUUUUAGUAUAGACGUUAGAGAUGAUUUGGACAAUAAUGUACAAUCGAAUUCUAUUGAACAGUACUCGUCGGCUACUUACACCAGCCACAGAACGGCAGGGAAAUAUCGAGCUGUUCUAAUUUGCCCUAAUAACGCGGAGAAUUCUAACAAGUAUCAUUAUACUAAUGGAAAUGAAGGGGGUUGUUACUGGAGACAUAUGAAAGUAACGAAUCCCAUUGAAUCGCAAAUUCCGAGGAUAUAUUCGGAGAGUCGCCUUCCAGCAGGAGUUAGGCACAACAGGAGGAUCCUCUUCAAAUGGAGCCGAUAAAAUUAACGUUUCUAAUGUUUCAACUACCAAAUUACGCCAUAAUUACGAUUCUUUUUAGACACCUACAUGUAGACAUUUUAUAAAUGUUACCAUUUGUUUAUGAAUUUUAUUUUGUAUCGAGUUUGAAUUAAAAAAAUACCUAUAUAAAAGUAGUUUUUUGAGGUAAAUAGUAACACAAAAUGGAGACAAAAAUAUUUUAAUUGCAAGCAAAAAUGACUAUAAUAAAAACUCGACUAAUCUCAAAACAAAAAGAUCAUUGAAAGACAGUCGGCAUAAAAUUUAUCUAAAAAUACAAUUUUUUUAAGCAAUCUCAUAAGAGAAAAUAAACACAAACCAAAAUUCGGUAAACGAUUUUAAAUUCACAAUUAGCGGAAGGCACUGGUUUAACUUUGCGACCCCUAAAUUUUGGUUUACUUCACAGAAUUACAAUAAUUAGUCUAGUCUUCUAAAAUAAUUAAAUUGUCUUUUGUAAACGAAAGGAACAACCUCAAAAAGGAUGGAUACGAAGAUAUAAUCACUGAGAUCACCGGCAGUUUUCGUAGACAAUACUUACAAGAUUCAACUGAUAUAUUAUACUCUUACGAAUUUUUUUCGUAAAUAUUCAAUUCCAUAACGUAAUAGAUCCUAAUUAAUUACGGAUACAUGGUUGAUGAAAAUGUAUAUAAAUGCAUUAUGUAUAGAUUUUUUAAAAAAUAAUUAACUUAUACGUUCAGUACCUUAAUAGCCAAGAGGCAAGAAAUACACGCCUAAAAUAAAUUGACUAAACACUAAUUUACAUAAGGAAAACGAAGUUUUUCCAGAUUUCGAUGAGAGAAUGUGAGAGAUUUUUGAGCAAAAUUACGAUUACUUAAUAGUAAGUACAAAAAGACAAAAUUCGUUGGUAACAAAAUUGAGCGAAAAAAAAAAUCUGAAAAAUCGACGUUAAAUUAACAAAACAACUUAAUAUACUAAUAUUUGUAGAUAUAAAAUAUAGCACUCGCACAACUCAGAGAGCAUUUAAAAAUCACAAAAUUGUGAUGUAUUAAAAAAAUAAAAAAAAUCAUUCAAUUUGUACAAAAAAAAACAAACUAAAAAUCGCUCUCCUAACACCACAAACAAAAAAAACUCAUUGCUUUACAUUGAACUGGAUUAAUCUGGUCAACAUGCUCAUUAUGCACGGUAUUUGCUUCUGACGAUGCAUCGUAGGAUCAGUUGGCACGUUACUUUCGAAAUGAAUAGCCACACGCUGAGAGACAAACGUCAACAGAGUCACUAGAUCCAUUUUAUAGGCAUUUUCCGUCAAUUCUUUGACUAGUGACUGUACGAACCAGGAACCAUAGGUCGUAUUCCUCCAGGAAUAAUACCCUAAAAAAAUAAUAUUCCAUAAAAACACAAUAUUUUGUCACGUCUAGGGUGUAAUGGGUCCUACCCUGUGCUUCAUUUAAGUCGGGGGGUAUAGUUUUACCUUCCAAUAGUGCUUCAAAGGGAGUAACUGGAAGUAGUAGAUAACAAUAACAACUUUAUUCACUUACACAUAUUCUUCUGAUAACACUAAUGCUACUCCCUAUAUCCUCUACCAGAGUCCCUGAUUCCCUUAGAGUCAUCCAACUGACUCUAUUGGAGCUCAUCAGUUCCCUUACUGGGGCUCCCCUGGGUCUAAAACCCAUGGCUUGUAAAGCAGUUUUCCGGGGACACCCUUUCGUGGAAAUAUUGGAGAAAAUUUCCUCAAAUUAUGUUAGUACAAAAGUACUGCGUUUCAUAAUAAAUUCUAAUAAAAUAGGAGGAAAUGGUGAGCGAUAAGGAUAUGUUUCUAACGCGAAGGCAAUAUGAACAAAUGUGAAAGUUGAUAAGACUCAUGAACGUGCCGAAAAACGUAAAUUAUUGAUUCCAAUAACAAAGGAAAAAUUUGUAAAUAUCUUAUCUCUUUAUAUCAUAAUGAACAGAAAAAUAAAUUAAGGACAAAACUGCAAUGUUUCGUUCGAGAACUUUUUAUCGAUUCAUAGAUAACCCAUUUAUUAAUAGAACAUAAGUCACAUCCAUUUAAUUCUUUAUACAUAUUUUUCGUAAUAUACCUAAAGGAAUAAAUAAUCCAAGAUCGCGGAUAAUCAAUGCUAAUAAAGACUUUUUAUGCCAAUUGGAUAAAAAAUAUCAAUAUGUAGAUAAGAUAUUAAAUCAAUAUAUUUGAUUUCCUGCAGUUUUUUUAGGGUGUAAAUUUUUUCAUACAUAAAAUAUCCUUACCUUUAUAAGUCGAGUAAACGACGAGGAAAUCAGCCUGCGCAGGAAUUUUAUAAUUACUGUGAAUCUCUCCGUCGGUCUCUGUACGACUCAAGGUUACUCCCUUAUCUAGUUUAUCUCCCUGGCAAGCUUGCAGGAAAAAUAUUUUUGGUUUGCCUAGAAACAAGGAUAUUUGAUAGGCUAUUUAUACAUUUUAACAAGUACGAACCUGCAAGAGUGGGACAGAGAUCCGCUCUGAAUAAAGACCACAAAGUAUCAGGUACAUACGACCUGUCUUUCGCGUAUAUUAUUCCGCAUUCUCCGUGCGAUAGGACUGUUAUUAGAAGACAAUCACGAUCGGAAUGGUCCUCUUGGGCAGCUUUAAUUAUAAAAAAUGUAUUAAUUGAAUUUGUGCCUAUAAUUAAUUACUUACUUCUUCUAAUGCGGUCUUCGACUUCGUAGGCCGUUAGGUCCUUGUAAACGUGCACAUCGAAGUGCAAAUUAGAUAGGCAGCCUUUGAGUUGUUUGCAAUCAGCCUCGGUGCCCGCUCUCGAUUUUAAAUUGCCACAUUCGAAGUUUUCGUGGUUGAAAAUUAUGGCUAGACCUCUUUUCCUGUGGUUCAUGUUGUAGUGCGUGGCGUUCCUUUCCACCGGCAUGCGUGCAACAAUUUCGCCAUCGGGAAUC